UUCGUGCCAGGCAAACAGCUGCUCCUGGCGGACAUGCUGUCAAGGGCGUCACCAACUGCCGCAGGGGAUACCGAUGGAUUCAACGAGGACGUGGAAGUCCAUGCAACAAGAAUUGUGUCCGAGUUGGUACGACUUCCAGCAUGUGACGUCUAGCCCCAGAUUUACUCAGUCCAACGGUCUCGCUGAGAAAGGCGUUCAAAUUGUAAAACGAAUCAUGAAGAAGACGGCGGAAACAAAACAGGACUUCUGGCUUGGGCUACUCAGCUACCGUUCGUCACCCCUCGAAGAUGGUCGUUCACCGGGUGAGCUCCUCCAAGGCAGACGCCUGCGCACGAGACUUCCAGACUUCAGCCACCACUCAAGCGUUUCCGUGACUAAACACAAACAGCCCGAAGCUCGUGGCAGAUGCUUACCAGCACUCAAGAAAGGCGAAGUCGUACGGGUCCAAGACAAGGCAUGGGCCAGGAAGGCGCAAGUGCUAGGACGAGUCGCACCAAGAUCUUACGAGGUAGCCACGGAGGACGGCAGACGGUUACGACGUAACCGGCGUCACCUACUGAGGACACGUGAGCAGUAUCGUGAACAACAAGUCCAAAGUGAGUCUUCAUCGAGCGAUGAAAGUGAUGGUCCCACCGAGAUCGGAAGACGGCUGAUGAUGGAAGCAUGGAUGACCUCCAACAUUCAGGUGCUUAAGGCACAAAUGUGA